UAUCCACAUGCCAAAAAACAAAAAAACAAAAACAAAUGCAAUUGAUACUAUUUAAACUUAAAAUGUACUGCUUGUAAAUCUGGUCACUGCUGCCACCUAGUGACUGUUUGAUGUUUAGACAUAUUGUUUUGCAGUUGGCAUCAGUUGGCACUUAACGUACAAACCGCAACAAGGAAAAAGAAACUUUUGUUCGUCACAGAAUUUUCUAAAACAUUGCUCAUUUGGAGAGGAGUGUUUUCAGCCCAUGCAGUGCUCUCGCUGAGAAUGGAAAAUACUAACCACGUUUGAUAAGGGCAUCCUUCCUGUGUAUUCAUUUCAGAUAUCAGUACCUGAUAAUUAUAACAGUAUUCAUACUGACAAAAGUCAGAUCACUGUGAGCUUUCUCAGCGUUUGUUCAAGCAAACUCUUGAACCAUCUUUACAAACAGAGUUGAUUAUUGUUAGAUUUUCGUAUUUUCUCUGUAGUUUUUAAAGCAUAAAAAAGCUUUUUAAAGCUACCUUUAUUGUGCAGCUACACCAGCUACACCAGAAUGAUCCAUGUUCUUUUCUUCUGUUUUUGUUUGAGUGCUGGACUCACAGUGUCAUCUUCUUUUUGGAUUCUUAACAAACGUCUGGACUGCAGUCAACCGGGACUUGACCACUGCAAAAUCAAUAACUGUUCAGACAAAAGAGUGGUUGUACAACGUGCUCCUACCAGCCCAGACUGGGGUCCUGAGCAUGUUGGAGUCGAAAUGGACAAACACGGGACUGUCCCUGUUAUGAAUGUGCAAUGGAAACUAAAGUCAGAUGCAGGUGUAUUAAACCUUCGCGGAUCCGAGAUAAAUAUUCUGGAUGAAAGUACAAAUCAAAGUAUGUGUGUGCAGUUUCUCUACAAUCUCCAACGGCAGCUGAAUCCAAACUAUACGAGGUGGACAUUGUCCUUGGAUGGAGUUGUGGUGGAGCCCGGGCAAACAUAUAUGGUGUCAGUUGUUAAUUUGCCAGAACCUAAGAGUGGAGACAACAGGAUCAGAAAGCGGAUCACCUUCCCAAGAUGUGAUGACAGCAGAAUCCAAACAGCCAGAACGUGUCUUGAAAAUGGUAGCCUGUGGGAGCCUCACAUGACCGCUGCCAUGUCUGUUGAUAGGCAACAUAAAAAGUUGUACAUUGUGGUGAGUUUUGAGGCAGCACAGUAUUCAGAAAGAUACCAAGUAUCCAUCCAGAGCCAGGCUCUCCAUCAUUCAAGGAAUGUCUCAAAGGAAAAUACAACAUCACUGAUUGUGACAUUUGAAUUUGGGUUGUGGCAGCUCUCACAAUGUGAAAUGUUGUUAACGAUUCAGCCGUAUUUUCCACGAUGCAAAAAUCACUGCUGUCGCCACGAGGACGAACUCAAUUACUGCCUAUAUUAUCCACCGCGGACGUUAAUUAUAAAGGCAGUUGUGGGGCUGCUUGUCAUUGAAGUUUUUCUUUUUUAUUUCCUGUGGAGAGCAUUUCAUAAAGAUUCUGUGAACACACCCUCAUCUGCUGCCAAAGACCAACCACAGGAUUUUCAGCUGCAAAAAACCAGAGACGUCCAGGGACUUGACCACUGCAAAAUCAAUUCUGUGAACACACCUUCAUCUGCUGCCAAAAGCGAACCAGAGGGUUUCCAGCUCCAGGAGAGAAAACGAGUGCUCAUCAUCUACUCCCUGGACCACCCGUUAUACAAAAACAUUGUUCUCAAGCUCUGUGGCUUCCUGGCGACCAAAUGCGGUACUGAAGUGGUCCUGGAUCUUCUGGACUCUGCCAGACUGGGAAUGUUGGGAAGCAUUCAGUGGUUGGACUGGCACAGAGAGCAAAUACUAAGCUCUUCAGAUAAGAUACUAAUCCUGUGCUCACCAGGAGUACAAGCCAAAUGGAGAGCCAUGUGCGGUCACAAACAGGUUUUUCUGAGAGAGGACGCCCGCUCACCUGUAGGUGACAUGCUCACUCCAGCCCUCAGCCUCAUGGUCCCCCAUUUUAUUCGAUCAGCUUCCUUUGAAAAAUACAUAGUGGCUUAUUUUGAUGACAUUUGUUCAGAAGAGGAUGUUCCUUCACCUUUGAACAUUACAGUACGGUACAAGCUGAUGAAGCAGUUUGAGGAGAUCUUUUUCAGAAUCCACGACACAGAAAAGCAUGAACCAGGCAGAGUGAAUCACAUUGAAGGGCUUUCAGAGGACGAGUAUCAUCGGUGCCUCUCAGGUAGAGCCCUGCGGGACGCUAUAGAGGCUUUCCAUGCAUAUCAGCUGGUGCAUCCACAGUGGUUUGAGGAUGAAUUACUGCAGAGCUCAGAGGUGGAGGUUGAGGAGACCUCAGAGGAUAUCUAUGACAAUGAUGUCACAAACCUCAUCACAUAUUUUGUACCUGACUCCAUCCAAGUCCUCAGCCAUGUAAAGACACAUGAAAGUGAAAUCACUGCAGACAAAACAGGCCUCUACAUGGCCGAACAGCUCCAAAUGUGUUCCUCAGUUGAACUCAAUCAUCUUAUUGUUGAGGACAUGCUGCCAGUUUGAUUGGAUUGUAUUGGGGUCUUGAGAUGCUCAUGAAGAAGAUCCUGCCAGCUGUCUGUGGAAAAUAUCGAGGACAGUCCGUCAGUUGUGCUGUGUGAUGACAGUUAUGUCGUGAUUCAGAGGUCAAAUUCCUUCUCAACAUCAUAACAACGACAGAAAUCUGUUGAUCUCCCAGUGGAUACUAAUAGAUAUGAAACUGACCAUAAAAUAAAAAAACAAUGAAUUUGUGGUUAAAUGUCAUGUCGAGGCAAAAAACGUUGUAGGAACAUUUAUCACUUCUUUGCAAUCUUUAUAAAGAAUACCUAUGUGGAUUUUUUAUACACAAAGCUGCUUUGGUUGUUGUUGUACCGUAUUGUAUAUUAGCUUGUCUAGAUAUCUGUUCUGCAGUAUAUUUGCAAGAUGCAUGUUGAAUAUAACUUCCUUUCAUUGGGAAUCGACUCCAGAGUAGUUCAGACCAAAGAGAUCUGUGGUUGAUGCUUUUGGACUGUGUAAACAGUGUUCGGGUCAAAGUUCGGCCAACUGGGCAAAGUUUCUAGUAUUUUAUUGGACUGGAGAAGGUGAGCAUUUAACUCUUUUUGCGGACAAAAUGUUUUGAAUGUAAUGUGUAAAGGACUUUUAACACGGUAAAUGGUCUCCCUCCUA